AUGCCUACAUCAAUCAUGCAAAAAAACUACAGCCACUGCCCGCUCAAGAAGCGUCCAGUUAACAUCGUACGCGAAGAAAAUAUUAAACAAGAAUCCGAUUCAGAAAUGGAGCCGGAAAAUUUAAGUACAAAACCAGAAGACUUGUCAAAAACCGGAAAAUAUGCAAACACAAAAAUCUUGACUCCGCCACAUUCCGAAGAGUCUUCGUCGUCACCACCGCCAGCAGAAAUUAAAAAAUCUCCAAUCCGCAUUCCAACACCUACCUACCCCACAAAUAUCCCAUCAUACUACGCACGUGCAUUGAGCAAACAAAUCGAAGAAGCUCCAUUGAAUUUGUCGCCAGCUGCCUCACCGAGAAUCGCGAGCGAGCAACAACUUUCUCUCGCAAAUCCCAUCAACUGGCACAAACCACUCAGUCCGCCCAUCCAACCGAAUUACUUAUCUCUGCCAAUUCCUGGAUAUCCGCAUCAUCUACUUCCCAAUUACCCACAUGCAGCUAGCGAGCAAUACUUAGCUGCCGCCUACCAUCACGCACAACUAUCACCAUCUCGAUCUCCAUCACAACUCUCGCCAUACAGCAUGCAUCGUGAAAGUUCUGUAUCGCCGCCAUACAGCAGUAUGUCACCGCCGCUACGGAAUAACGUGAUCAAACACGAAUACAAUAACUCACGUUAUAUGCCAUAUCACAUUCCGCACCAUGCCUACCAAUCAAGUUUGUCGCCAACAUCAAGUCAUGCCUCGUUCAAUUCAUUCCGUUCUAUGUCACCAAUUUCCAAUACCUCAAAUACCACAGUCUCCGAGGAUCUCAGCUCGGUACCAGCAUUGUCAGUACUCAUGGAGAAAUCCACAUCAAACUCCAACAUCCAAAAAAGUCACAGCAACAUCAAGAAAGACCACGAAAAAACAUCCGGAGCUCCGCGUUACAGUUGCCCUGACUGCAAAAAAUCCUACUCAACAUAUUCGGGCUUGUCGAAACACCAACAAUUCCAUUGCGCCGCUGCCACAGGUAAAGAAGCAAAAACCUUUAGUUGUAAAUUCUGUCAAAAACAAUAUGCGUCAUUAGGCGCACUCAAAAUGCACAUUCGCACUCACACAUUACCAUGCAAAUGCAACUUGUGCGGCAAGGCAUUUUCGCGCCCAUGGCUUUUGCAAGGACACAUCCGUACACACACUGGCGAGAAACCCUUCUCGUGCCAGCAUUGCAAUCGCGCCUUUGCCGAUCGCAGUAACUUGCGUGCCCAUUUACAAACACAUUCAGACGUGAAAAAGUACUCGUGUCAAUCUUGUAGCAAAACCUUCUCACGAAUGUCCCUCUUGACGAAACAUUCGGAAGGAGGAUGUCCCGGACAAAAUAACAACAAUAACCAGUCCGGACAACAAUCUUUCAAACAAGAAAUGACAAUGUACUAA